CGGCACCUGGCGCAUGGAUGCUCGGGCGUGAAUGGCGGGACGCCAUCGCACUCUAAUCGAUAGAGGCGGCACAUAUAACAACCUUGGGGCUGGGGAGGGUUGUAGGUGAGGGAUGAGGCCGGAAGUCCUUCUGGGUGUGCAAACAGAGUGGCCCGAGGGUCGGGACCUCCUGCACCACCGUCAUCGGGAGCUAGGUCUCCAUAGUUGGGAGGAUACCAGGUAUCUUCGGGACUGUUCGCGGACAGGGUGGCUGGAGAGUCAGGACUUUCCGCACCGCGGACAUCGAGAGCUACUUCAUAGCUGGGGCUACGCUGGAUAUCCUCAAAGCGGGCUGCAAUGGUUGAAGUGCUGGGUUGAAGAUUCUCGACGUCGGCUGCAAUUGUGGAGGGGCUGUCGUAAAUGCCUUCAGGGUCGGUUGCAAUGGUAGAAGCAAGGGCUUCGUCGCCGCGUGAUGCCAGCUGUCGAAUCGAGGCUACUGCCUCCCUAUUUCUCAAGC